GUCUCCAUUUUGAGUCGACGGAGCAGAGAGAGAGAGAAACCCCGAACAGGAUGAGUGUUUUUGGGGAGGAACAGGAGGACUGUGCAGAGUCUGAAGUCUCUGGCCGUCUGUCUCUGAGGAGUGACCGGUCCAAAGAUCAUCCUCCAGACUUCAGUGCUGAACCUGGACCCUCAGACUCAAAAGCUGAUUUCAUCAGACAGAGAGCAGAGUCUGAAGUCUCUGGACGUCUGUCUCUGAGGAGUGACCGGUCCAAAAAUUAUCCUCUAAACUUCAGUGCUGAACCUGGACCCUCAGACUCAAAGAAGAGGAGUCCGGUCUCUGUGGAGGAGCAGCCGGUCUCUGUGGAGGAGCAGCGGUCCUGCGGUGCUGGACCUCAGACAGCCCGUCAGAGCAGGACUUUACAAAGUGGUCUGCAGAGGGUUUUAGAUCAACACAAGACCAGUCUGAGGACCAGAUGUGAGCGUGUGACUGAAGGAAGUGAGGAAACAGGAAGUAGAACCCUCCUCAACAGGAUCUACACUGAGCUCUACAUCACAGAGGGACAUAGUGAAGAGGUGAACACCCAACAUGAGGUGAGACAGCUGGAGACCGCCUCCAAGAAGAAGAUCCUCCAGGACACUCCCAUCAAGUGCCAGGACAUCUUCAGAGCCUUACCUGGUCCACAGAAACCCAUCAGAGUGGUUCUGACAGUCGGCGUCGCUGGUGUUGGAAAAACCUUCUCAGUGCAGAAGUUCACUCUGGACUGGGCAGAGGGCUUGGAGAACCAGGACCUCAGUCUGGUGGUUCUGCUUUCAUUCAGGGAGCUGAACCUGAUCAGGGGACGGUACAGUCUCCUCCAGCUGCUCCAUGAGUUCCAUCCAACAUUACAGGAGGUCCCAGCAGAGACGCUGGCUGUCUGUAAACUGGUGUUCAUCUUUGACGGUCUGGACGAAAGCAGACUGUCUCUGGAUUUCAACAACACUCAGGUUGUGUCUGACGUCACACAGAGCUCAUCCAUAAACCUGCUGUUAACAAACCUCAUCCAGGGGAAUCUGCUCCCCUCAGCUCUGGUCUGGAUCACUUCUCGACCCGCAGCAGCCAAUCAGAUCCCUCCUUCACGCGUUGACAGGGUCACAGAAGUCCGAGGCUUCACUGACGCCCAGAAGGAGGACUACUUCAGGAGGAGGAUCAGUGAUGAAGAUCUGUCCAACAGAAUCCUCUCGCACAUCAAGACCUCCAGGAGCCUCCACAUCAUGUGUCAGAUCCCGGCCUUCUGCUGGAUCACUGCUACAGUUCUGGAGCACAUGAUGAGCACAGAGCAGAGAGGAGAGCUGCCCAAGACCCUGACUGACAUGUACUCACACUUCCUGCUGGUCCAGACCAAGAGGAAGAGGAAGAAGUACGCUGAGGGUCCUGAGACCAGUCCUCAGGAGCUGAUGGAGGCUGACGGGGAAGUUCUCCUGAAGCUGGGCCGGCUGGCGUUUGAACAUCUGGAGGAAGGAAACAUCAUGUUCUACCAAGAAGACCUGGAGCGAUGUGGUCUGGAUGUCACAGAGGCCUCGGUGUACUCAGGACUCUGUACAGAGAUCUUCAAAAGAGAGUGUGUGAUCUUCAAGAAAACAGCCUACUGCUUUGUUCAUCUGAGCGUUCAGGAGUUUCUGGCUGCAGUCUACAUGUUCCACUGUUCCACAACCAGGAACACAAAGGUACUGGAGGCUUUUCUGGGGAAACAACAAGUUUCAACUCUUGAAGACCUCCUGAAAGGAGCUAUGAUGAAAGCUCUGAGAAGUAGAAACGGUCACCUGGACCUGUUUGUCCGCUUCCUUCAUGGACUCUCUCUGGAGUCAAACCGGAGACUCUUAGGAGGUCUGCUGGGUCACACAGACAACAGUCCAGAGAUGAUCCAAAGAGUCAUCAACAACCUGAAGGAUAUGAACAGUUAUGAGAACUCUCCUGACAGAAGCAUCAACAUCUUCCACUGUCUGACGGAGAUGAACGACCUCUCAGUCCAUCAGGAGAUCCAAAAGUUCCUGAAGUCAGAGAACAGAUCACAGAAGGAGAGACUCUCUGAGAUCCAGUGCUCUGCUCUGGCCUACAUGCUGCAGAUGUCAGAGGAGGUUCUGGAUGAGUUAGAUCUAAAGAAGUACAACACAUCAUUGGAGGGACGACGGAGACUGAUUCCAGCUGUGAGGAACUGCAGGAAGGCUCGAUUUCAAACCUGCAGCCUGUCAGAGACUCACUGUGAAGUUGUGGCCUCUGCUCUGAAGUCCAACCCCUCCCAUCUGAGACACCUGGACCUGAGCUACAACAACCUGAAGGAUUCAGGAGUGAAGCAUCUGUCAGCUGGACUGGAGAGUCCGCACUGCAGACUGGAGACUCUAAUAUUGUGGUGCUGCAGAUUGUCAGAGAUCAGCUGUGCUUCUCUGGCCUCUGCUCUGAAGUCCAACCCCUCCCAUCUGAGAGAGCUGGACCUGAGUAACAACAAGCUGCAGGAUUCAGUAGUGAAGACGCUGGGUGGUUUUCUGGAGAGUCCUCACUGCAGACUGGAGACUCUGAGAUUGCUGGGCUGCAGUUUGUCAGAGAUCAGCUGUGCUUCUCUGGCCUCUGCUCUGAAGUCCAACCCCUCCCAUCUGAGAAAGCUGGACCUGAACUACAACAAGCUGCAGGAUUCAGGAGUGAAGACGCUGUGUGGUUUUCUGGAGAGUCCUCACUGCAGACUGGAGACUCUGAGAUUGCUGGGCUGCAGUUUGUCAGAGAUCAGCUGUGCUUCUCUGGCCUCUGCUCUGAAGUCCAACCCCUCCCAUCUGAGAGAGCUGGACCUGAGAGACAACAAGCUGCAGGAUUCAGGAGUGAAGACGCUGUGUGGUUUUCUGGAGAGUCCUCACUGCAGACUGGAGACUCUGAGGUGGAGGUAAAGAUCUCUGAAAGGUGGAUGUGUUGACGGAGGAUCAGCUGAGUCCUGAUGAUCCAGGAGGACCGAGGAGAGAGGACGGAGGAGACGAAUCGGACGAGCGAUGAGAGAGGAAACAGGAGCCUUCACAGACACGCCCCCUUAUGGAAUCUCAGUCCCUGAUUGGACGCUGCAGAGUUCUCUAUCUGCUCAGAUUCACUGUAUAAAGUAAUAGUGUCAUAAUCUCUAAUAUCAGAGAUAGAAGGUAAAUAUUCAUGCUCAGUUCUUUCUCCUGUUGAUGUUCCUGUUGGUUCUCUUGGUUCUCUUCAUGAAUUAAAGUCUGACAGUAAAGUUAUUAUAAUUCAUAAUAAAUAAUUAGUCAUCUUAAUUCAAAACAAAUAAAUAAAUAAAAACACAACAAAGAAAUGAUAUUUCAUUUCAUAGAUCCUGUUUGUGUCUGAAUCAGUUUCUUAAAAACGAAUGAUGAAAACAGAAUGUGACAUCCAGACGGGUGUCUUAUUUGGCCACAGUUUUGGAAAAGUCAAAUCACUGCUGAGAACUUUAUAAUCACAUAUUUUAGAGAUCCAUGUUUCAAUAUUAUCCCAAGGUGUCCUAAUUUUGGCACAAUACCAAAAGGUGAGGGAGUCGCUGUGGGAGUUGCAUUUUAAACCUCUCUCUGAGCAGCUGGGGUCAGAUUUAUGGAUUUUCUCUCUACUAUAGUACAUUCUUGUCAUUAGCUUAUACUGGAUUAGGUGCAGAUUUUCAUCAGUGCUUAUGUUAUAUGUUAGUUUUAAACAAUCCUUCCAUUUAGUUUUUGCAUCUACAAUAUGAAGAUCCUCAUUCCAUUUAUUCUAUAUCUUUUGUAAGAGUUCUUCGUUGCUUUCGACCCUGAUAAGAAUAUUAUACACAGCACCUACUAGUCUUUUCUUUGGAUUCUUCUUAUUUAGAAUUUACAUAAUUCUAAGCCUCUCAAAAUUCUUUGUUCAUAAAAACAGGACGAUGAAAUCUCCCCCCAAAUUUGUUGUUUUUCUAAAUGAAUUCAAAAUGUUCCUAAAAUCAUUGAAAGUAAUGAAAGGACCAAGAGCACUAAAGAUAUACCAUUCCAUAAAAGAACUCCUCACUGAGUUGUAAUAAUUAUUCCCUUUCCUUACUUAACUUAUGUUAUUAUUCAUUUUCUACAUAUAUAUAUAAUUUUCUCAUUUACCUUAAAUUACCAACUGAAGCUGUGUUGUUUCUGUAUCUUUAAUGAUUGUUUAUGUAUGAUGCUCCAUCUGAAUGUUCUUUUAUUUUUUUAUUUAAACAAUCAGACAUGAACAGGAACAAUGACAAACUCAGACCACACAUACUGAACUUACAUUAUCAAGAGAUUACACCUCCUUUGAAACUGAAAACAUAUUACUGUGGUGUAUAUCACAUUUUCACACCAGCCAUAUAACAGAUAUACAUAUAAGAUAAGAUAUUCUUUAUUUGUCUCCCAUUGGGGGAAAUUCUUUUGUUACAGCAGCUUACAACACGGGACAGAGAAUACAACAAUGAACUAACAUAGUUAAAAAAUAUAAUAACAAUAAUAAUAGCAAUGACAAGGGUAACAUAUAAUAAAAUAAAGUAGGGUCAGAAGGAAUAUUAAAAGCAUUCUGAUUAAAUACAAGGGGUUUAGAGGAGGUUAAAUUCUGCUAUCAAUGUGUACAGUUUGUUUCAGAUAUUUUUGUAACAAGGAGUGCUCCAUCUGAAUGUACCCAUUGUUUGUUAUUUACAUUUACAAUAAAGUUUGGAAAAA